AAGAUCCCAAGGUGCUUCCUUUGUGGUAGAUCUGAUCACAUGGCCAACAAAUGCUCUCUUGGAGACUUCAAAUGCUUUGCCUGCAACCUUGUAGGGCAUACCUCAGUUAGUUGCCCUAACAAAAAGCAGCCUCCUUUACUCAGCCUCCCCCCUCAGAUACCCCCACCACCUCCCCCUCCUCUUUUCCUCCCAAAAGUCUCUCUCCCCCCUUCUGUUAGUUCGAGUCUGGUUGAGUUCUCGAGAUUUGCGCACCUUCAGAUCAAGUCUGGAAAGCCCUCCUAUCCAGAUCUGGUGGAGAGCUUGGAGCGCCAUCUCAAGGUAGAGAAAUGGACCUAUGUGAUUAGGCAAUCCUCGGAGAACUCCUACUUCAUCCAGUUCCCGGACGAGGAGACGUUGGAUCAUGCUUGUUCUAAACCCUUCUUCAACUUGGGUAACUUUGGGGGUAUUUUCACCCCCUGGUCAGAGUCUUUUGGCCUUAAAGUGCUUCCGAAAUUUUUUUAUGUCUGGGUAGAAAUUAUUGGUCUCCCCAUUCAUUUAUGGGACUCGGAGUUCAUUACCAGUAUUCUUGUGGACAUAGGAGAUGUCAUUGCUUUCUCCGACGAUAUCAUGCUUAAGAGAGAAGCCCUAGCUUGCAAAGCUAUGCUGCAUGUUAGGGAUCCCUCUGAAAUCCCCCAAGAAGUCAUAUUCAGGUAUGAAGCAGAAAAUGGAGUUCAUAUCAUGGAAGGAUCAGUCAAACUAAGAGUGGUAGGUGAGCCACUGCCAGCGGAAAAAGGAAGAGAUCGGGAUCUCUUCGAAGUCUUUGUUCGUAAAGAAGGUGCCUCAUCCCCUCCUCCCAAAGAUCAGCCCCUCCAAUGCCCUCGCCAGAGCCACUUGUCUCUAUCCCCGAGACCAAAUCAGGCCUCCUUAAAAGGAAAAAGCCCAAUGUUGGAAGAAGAUGGCUCAAAUCCUCCUCCUCUCCCCCCAUCAGUUCCAGCUCCGCCUGAGCUCAUGGCGGUCUCUUUCAAAGGUAUUACGAUCGACAUCUCCAAAGAUUCCUGGUUCUCUCUCAAAGCAGCUUUCCCACAUCUGGUAGACGUUCCGUCUUUAUCCCCAAAAGGAGACUCUGCCAUCCAGAUCAGCUCCACAGACUCUAAGGACCAGAACUCUUCCUCUGAUAUUCCCCCUGGUUUCGAACCGGCCAAGAAGAAGUCCAAACGAACCAAGAAAAAAAUCUCAAGCAGCAACCCCUCGCACCGGCCUUUCAGGAAACAUCUAGCCAUGAUCAAGAAGGGUGAAGAAGAUGACAGGACGGCGAGGAGGCUUCGUAGGGCAGCCCUUAAUCUCGGCCUCCAGAACCUAGCGAAGAAGUCUUCCUCAGGGGAUGCAGGGGAGAGCCUCCGCAGCAGCUAACAUCUGUAUCCUGAGUGGCAUUCAAGACAUGCUUUGUUGACUUUGGGUGUUUUAUUUGUUCCCUUUUGGUUAGGGGCUAUCAGUGCCUAGCAUUUUCAGUCUCUUAUCAGUAUUGUAGUGUUUUCUAUGAUCCUUAUGAAACGUUGUCUAUUUUUGGUUUCCUUUUGCCUUCUUUAGAAGAUGGUAUCGGUUGGUGUGGUGUGGUAGGUGACGACUAUGGUCCGCUCCCUACCCACCUCUCUCACUGAUCUCACCAUCAUCUAGAGAAGAAGUAUGUACAUUCUUCUAUCUUCUAUUAAUA